GUCGUUUAAAGAAAUGUAGAUAACAGUCCUUAGAACGUGAACUGAAGGUCACUUGCAUACAUUAACUCUCAGCUGUUAGAUCGGAGUUGUUGACAUGUGCUUUUUUACAAAGUGGGUUGAUACUUUAGUCUCUUUUUUUCCCAUUCAAACUAACCUGAUUGUGCAGGAUGGUAGACAUCGCUCGAGUGUUGUGAUAUCAAUGUUAUAAUAUGGAUUUUAAUACUGCUAUAGUAAAUAUGUUUGUUAUAACAGUGUGUGUAUAUAGUGUAGCCGUUACUCCUAAGAUGAUAUUAUACCGUGAUUCUAAGUUGAGACUAUAGUCUCACUCGUACUUACGCCAAAUGAAUUUUGUUAUAGCUGGAUCUGCAUUAUAGACUUUGCAGCCAUAUAACUCAUUAAGAGUUAAUAUCGUAGCUACAACUGAGGAGUUUUAGCUCAGCUAUAAUUCUUCGCAGCGAACAUAAUGUGGAAAUACUGGCAGAGAAUCAUGGCUUCCCUUGCGCUCUUCAAUGCUUUACUACUGUGUCUUUUGCUGCAGAAUCUCUUAGCAGACGCCAAAGUUGUCGUCCUGCUAUCUGCUCCCCACACGGCAGAUGUCCGCACGUACACCAACGUUGCCAGGGAACUGUCCAGUUACGGACACGAAACUUACGUCUGCGUCCCUCAGUUUUUGCUGGACUCCAACUUGGUCAACACUGAUGGGGUCAAGGUCAUUCCAUACGGCCAAUACUUGAACAAUUUCGAUAGCUUCUUUUUUCAAACAGUCUUAGACCGAUUUUGGCGCGGGGAGAACAUUUGGGUCAGAGACUAUGUCAGCCUCAUCCAAUCGAUGCAGGCUAUAGUUCGGCAAAUCUUAACAGAUCAAAAUCUCAUUACCACAUUGAGAACGAUUAAACCAGAUUUGUUUAUUCUGACUAACGGACCAUUCUUUAGGAAUAUCGUGACUUUGCCCUACAUGUUAAACAUUUCUUUUGCAUACCUUGGUUCAUUUAAUGAUCUUCCAGGACAAAGAGUUCCUUUCAGCCCAUCUUCAACAGCCUGUCCCGGCUAUCCAGAGUUUAAAGAAGAAGGAAUGGGCUUCUACGGAAGACUAGCGACGAGUCUGUGCAACGUCGUAGUAACUUUCUUGGAUCAUUACUUCAUGGACGACAAAAUGGUUGCUGAGCUCGCGCCAAACAGUCCCAAGGCAUCCGUUAGCGAGAUUUCUAGGAUGGCGAAAGUCUACAUUAUUGAAAGCGAGCCCAUCUUGGACUAUGCUAAACCGGAAAUGCCAUAUAUGAAGCUGAUUGGAAGCACGGCCUUGACAAAGCCCGCGGAUCUAAUGCCGCCGCUUAAAUCUUUUAUAGACAAUUCGGAAAAGGGCGUGGCAUUAGUGUCUUCUGCCAACAUUCCAGCGCCAAUAGCGAAGAAGAUGAUGCUAGCUUUUCAGCAGCAGAAUUUAAGCGUUAUUUGGAGAGUCCAUUUUUCUCCAGCGAAUACGUCCCGUUUGAUGACAAUGCCAUGGGUGCCCCAAAAUGACAUUCUGGCAAACCGCAAAACAAGGCUGUUUGUGUCGCACUGCGGUACACACAGCCAAUACGAUGCCCUGUACCACGGCGUCCCGAUUUUAUGUCUUCCGUUGUAUGGAGACCAGUUCUACAACGCGGAGCGGGCCAAAUCUAAGGGUUUUGGGCUAUCAGCCAACUUGGCAACAAUCUCAUAUAAGCAGUUGGCCAAGCUUAUGUCCAAAGUGGCCGACACAGACAAAUAUAGAAAUAGCAUAGAAAGGGCUUCCAGUCUGUAUAAAAUGUUUUAUAAAAAUCCAAGUGAAACCGCCGCGUUUUGGAUUGAUCACGUGAUAGAGAAUGGGGGCAUCUACAUGAGGUCAACUGCGCAGACGUUGCCGCUCUUUAAACUUCUUACGCUUGACAUUAUGGCAUUUGUUUUUCUUGUGAUUGCUGCAGUCAUACUCGUUAUAGUCUGCGCAUGCGUGUUUUGCUUCAAGAUUGCCAGGAAGUGUUUAACAGCGUUGGUGAGGCCAAAAUUGAAGAAAAGCUAAGCUCCUAAGAUAUAUCAUUUCUGUUAACAUGUGAAAACAAAAAUGGUACAGGUAUCAAGAUGUGUCUAGCCAUGAUAUAUCGUAAAGGCAUAUCUCCUAGGCCAUCAUUGAGGUUUUCCUCCGUUAGUAACUGAAGCCGAUUGAAAAGCGAAGUUUUCACCCAUUUGUACAUCGUACGCCAUGCACAGAGACAGUGUACGGGUAACUUAUCGUUAUAGACAGUAAACAUUACGUCCCUGCCUCUUAAUGUAUGCAUAAUUUGCAUUUAACUGCGAACAAUUUUAAAUAUUUGAGCCUAAUAUGAAUUUUUAGGAUAAUGUGAUAUCAAAAGAGGCACACGGCUAUAAAGACGAAGGGGAAGUAAGCCUGUUUGUUCAGACUCGGGGUAAGCAGAAGUGAUGCGUCGUCAACAGUGAUCAUACAAGGUCCAAUUGCAGGCAGUGGUUAAAUCAUUCUCCCAUGAGAAGUCGAGACAAACUUGAAAGAACAAAAAUUGCUGAUAUUAAUUGUCGUUUGUUACGCCUGACUAGUAAACAAGACUCCAGAACGAACGCUGUUACAUUCAUGCCAUACUAAACAAAAGCAUGUUACAACUAUCCUCAUAAUCAACAUAUUGGCUAUUGUUCAAUGAAAGCUUCAACGUUUUUAAGUUUCUUUCACUGAUGAUCAACAUUUGAAUAUUACUGUUUCCGUAGCAGCCUCAAGGACUCUCCUUCUUUGACUGUUAUCUAAAAUGAUUCUCAAAUCUCACACUCAAGUUCAGUGGUGCCUAAACAUGUUCAGCCUGUGGGUCACAUUUUCGACACUCCCCAUUGUAAAAUGUCUUCCAUUCUAAUGGAUCCGACCCUCUAUGACUCUAUGACAUAUGUACUUAGGACAUCAGUAGCGAGGCACCUUGUAUAGCUCCGCCUCACACGCGGAUAUGGCUGAAGGCAGAAGAAGCAGACAAAAAAUGUGCACUACCCUGGGGGUUACCAGACGUCCGGCAAAAGGAGGACAUGUCCUCAUUUUCGAGGUUUCGUGCUCUGUCCGGCAGACAUUGGCCCGAAGUGUAAAAAUGUCCGGCUUUUACUCUGUUGUUAAUUUCAGUGACAAAUUCUGCACCAAUGGGAUUAAAUCCUUUUUUAAAAAUUCGCAAACUCUCGCAUACAUAGAAGAAGUAUGAACAGUAUGAUACAGUUGUAGACAAACUCCUUCAUGAACAUGUUGUUCAAAAGAAACCUAAGAGCUCUUGAGGUCUCUGUAGACUUUUUUUUCUUGUUCCAGGGUAUAAUACUAAAGUUGAAAGACUAUUCGCUAAUCAACGGCCCAGCGGACAAAAGAGACAAACAAACUUAGAGAGAGAGAGAGACAUUGUCCUCUUUUUUUUUUGUCAUCCCGUGGAGGUGCAUGUCUCUGGUAACCCUACACAACCCUAUAGUUAAAUAAUGUGUUGCCAGUUCUGUGAGAGAGCUUCUAAUUCACACCCCAGUCACGCCCCAGUGCUAUGAACUAUCUGGUGGAGUAGGGCGGGGGUGGGGCAUCUAAAUAGAACCCUCUGUUUGCAAUGCCCAGAUCUUCGACAACCUUGAGGGGAGAUUCAUGACCGGCUCAAAAAUUAGUCUUUUCAAUGAGGUUCUCCUUUGUUAUAAGAGCGCUUGUGUCAAUCUGGGAGGCGCGGUGGCCGAGCGGCAAAGAUCUUGGCUUCUUUAUUUUUUAGUUAAUUGUAUUUUAAAAAUAAAUACUUUUUUAGCGUUUUGUUGUAGAAUCAUUGUGUAAAAAAACAUUUCAUUAAAGUUAUUUUAUAAAAAGCU